AUGUUCCCUCUUUUUCUGUUUUUUCUUCCUUUAUCAUUUUCGUCCAAUGAACGCCUACUGCCUCAUGCGAGUUUAUUUGAGUCCACGAUCGCCGACGAUUUUAUCAGAUUCCUCAAAUCGUCCGAAAAGUGAGCGUAUAGAGAGUUUUCUGGAGUCUCAAAUCUGCUCUAAUUCCAGCUGUUUCGAUUAUUACGUGAAUAGGAUCUCCUCAGUCGAACAUCGGAAUCAUUCGAAAUACGGCACAAGCAUCCAGAAUGAGUUAUUCCUAGUGAAUUCCUUUGCGCUUCUGCGGAACCAACUGUCCUCUUUCAGAAAUAUUUCGAAAUGCGAAGAGCUGAUCUUCCCGAAGUUAUUGUCGAUCAGCUGAUGAACUCGUACUGCAGAGCGAGAAACGACUUUCAAAUUGUUCUGAAUGAGAUGAAACCGCCCGCCCAUUUGCAUGGAAAUUACACGUGGAAUUUCGAAAAUCUGGCUCGUGAAAACGUAAUUACCACACGAUUGGCAGAAAAAAGAAAAAACGCACUUUCCAGAUACCGUAUAAUGAAGCGAAGCAGAAAGAAAUAAAGCGUUUGGAGAGGUUCGAGAGGGAUAAAACAUUCUACACCGACCAGGUGCAGGAAUCGAAAAUAGGAGAGAAUAAAGUGGAUCACUCGAAUAUCAAACAGUUCGUUUCCGAUAGAUUCUUCUCACUCUUCACUUGUUUUAAGAUUCUACCGUAUUGCCGGUUUCCUUCUCUCCGUGAGCCUCUCCAUAAGCAUUCAACAGUUUGUCCGGAUGUAUUACGCCGGCGACGAGGGCGACGAGGACGGAGCAGCAGAAGAGAACAUGCGACUGGAACUGGCUCAGAUCGGAGCACUCUUUCUCUCGGUGGCAUGUAUUAUGUUCCUGCUCCACUAUGAGUUCAAUGAUUGA